AUGGCUAAAGAAAGAAGUCCAAUUAAGGUUCCAUCUGAAAAUGAAGACUUACCUGACAAAGAAAAUGCUCCAGAUUUUGAUGAGGACACUUUACGAGGUGAGCUAGGUUCAACUUUGGCUUCAGUCAGUGUUCAAACAUUUUCUAUUCCACCAGUUUCAAGAAUGUAAGCAGAUGUGGAGAAUGAUAUUAAUACACGGCAUGACCACCUUAAAGUAUGUUUGGCCAGUCAUGACUCUCUUCUAUGAUUACAAUAUGCUGUUCAUUGACUGAGAGGAUCCAUGACAUAUUUGUUAUUUUCUUUUCUCAAAUUUCAAAGCAAGGACACAAAGUUAUAAUAAGUAAAGACUUUAUUUGAUCAUCAUAUAACAUUCAUUUUGUAAGUUUGCAUCAUAAGUACCAUCAUCAUCAUCAUCAUCAUCUUUCCAUUAUAUUAUGCAACAUUAAAUUGAAAGUUUCAGCUUCCCCUAAGCAACCAAUUUCCAGUAGAGUGCAAGUGUUAUAUCAUUGAAUAUGGAGGUGUUUAACCCUUGACACCCUAACAUCAGUAUCGAUAUUCUCCAUACUAUUCUUUGUAUGUUUCUUGUGGUACUGAAAAAAAGAAUUCAUUUGAAGAUCAAUGCUUCAUAGGUUGGUGAUCAUUUCCUUUAUUCUCAUGAGCUUAGUGAAUGAUUCAGCAGUAUUACUCCAAGCUUUUCAGGGGAUGGGUCAAGUCAGGCAGGUGCAAAAGUGGCAGCUGGCACUAAAGAAAAAAUCUACAGAUUUUAAAUCUCCAGAUCUUGGCAGCUCUGCUUAUGCACUAAUUUACUACAACCACAGGUAAUUAUUAACUACAAGCACAGACUUUGACACAAUUUUUUUUAUUUUUAUUUUUUCUUUGCAGCCACAGCUGAUGUUUAUAGGAAUGAGGGUAAUGAGGCCUUCAAGAAAGGAGAUUUCAUCAAUGCUAUUCGUUUUUACACCAAAGGAAUUAAAAUGAACUGCAAUGAGAAAGAACUGAAGGCCAAACUGCACAACAACAGGGCUAUUGCACAUUUUAAACUUGGUAAGAUGAUGAGAGCUUUAAUAUGCAUUUUUUUUCUAUUUUGAAGCUAUUGAGUUGUCAGUAGUAGUUUUCUGAAAAAGGUGAUAAUUUUGAAUGCAUGCCCGGAAAAAUUUAGAUCUUAUCUUGGCCUCUCAAAUAUACAAAGAAGUAAUCUCUUACCCCAGAUAUCAACGAGCAUCACAAGUUUUUCUCAAAAUUAUAGUAAUGGUAGUUGGUUUGCAACAUGUAUGGCUAAUCAGGUAUUUAUUUCAAUAACAGGAAAUCACCAGGAUUCACUAAGGGAUGCAGAAGCAGCCAUUGAGUUAAAUCCAACUUUCCUUAAGGCAAUUGUGAGAGGUUAGAUAUGUUAGCUGUGUUAUAAUAAUAAUAACAAAAGAACUCAACACUCUAAGGUUAAAUGAGGUUAAAUGGAGUUCAAUCUUGUCUCAAUUGACUUUAAUUAAGAGGUCGAGACCACCCUGAUGUACAUUUGAAUCCAGCUCUUGACUGCUAUGCCAUUACUUUCCAUUAAUCAUGAUAAGAAUAUUGUUUUGAACGGGAUGAAGAACUCAAUGUGGAAUGCAAAGUAAAAUUUCAGCAUGAAUAUUUUAGUUCCUUAAGUCCAAUGAGUCACAGGUGUCAGAUAUGUUAAGAGCGUGUCCACGAGAGCACCGGGCAGUCGUGCUCCAAGCCAUCUCACCGAUUUCAAUGAAACUUUGGCAGUUUAAAGGGUCUACCCCAAAACUCAAAGAGACAAACUGGUUUCUGUUUUGGUUCUUCCAGGGGGGGAAAGACCACCCCCGGUUUUUCUUGGUUUUCACCAAGGAAAUCGCUUCAAAUAGGUAAAAUGUAUGAAGCUCUCACGGCGAUGGUCUCUAACCGAUUACUUUGAGGAUUUGCACACAUAUUUUUACAUCCUUAGUUAAUGUCUGCUGCGAGCAUCAGUCAGUUUGAUCGAUGGCUUGUCAAUCAAAAGAGGCAAAUAUACGACUUUAGUUUUAGACUUUUCGAUUCAUCCAAAUAUUUGACAACUUUGAGGUCAAAUAUCUCCCGUUUCCAGAAAGCUACAACACUAAUCCUAAUUCCCCUUUAUAACCCAUCAUUUCAUCUCUGAAAAUCAUCAAAAAAAUCUUUGGGCACUACCGUAUUUUUGUCUUGGAUGCCUUUUAAAAUCUGCGACUGUGACAAGUUUCUCUCAACUACACCUGUCACGCAAUUCUUGCUCUAGGCGGUCACUUGACAAAAUAAACCUACAUUUUUUAGCUCUUUAUACAAGAUGAUUGAUCAAGAAAGGUGAAAAAUGUGAAAAACUUUCGAGGUAAUUUGUAGGAAUGGAAAAUUUGACGUUUAGAGAGAUGCAUGUAAACGAAAAAUCAAUGAGAAAAUCGUAGCGUUUCUUUCUUCAGUCGUUUAUUACUUUGAAGAUUUGCUAAAAUUAGCAGAUAUGGCUUUUGUACGGCACAAAACAUUCAUUAGUCUAUAAUAUGAUUGUUAAUCAUCAUCAUUGCUCAUUUUAGGAGAUUUUAAAGUCACAUGUUGCGUGUUGGUUGAUAUUACUAAUUGUUCCAGUGUGCUACAACUUCGGCUUUUACAGACGAGAAAUUCUGCGCUCUCGCUCGAGAGCAAAUAUCAAUAGUUCUAUCGGAAUAAAAACUGUGCCUCUAUCCCGAAAAUAAAAUUAAAAUAGUGUUGUCGUUGUCACUUACCGCCAUAGAACAUUUCAAUGCAGAACUCCGCUAAACUAACAUCUGUUGUGUGACCCGGCGAAGACUCUUAGUAGGAAUUAUUCAAGCGCGUUGUUCAUGCUGUCUGCUAGAUAACAAUUUCAGAAUAAUCUGCAGAUCUCUAUGAUUAUUUGCCUGCUUCGAUCGUAAAAUAUCUGCAUAUUUUUUUCAAGCAUUCUAUUACUACACAUAAAUCUACAUCUCUCUAGAUCGAGUGUUGCCGGCGUUUAAUUGCGUGACUUGUAAAAUUUUUAAAUAAGGAUCUGAGCCAGCGGUAAUUUGACGAGUAGCCUUCUUGCAAAUUUACCUUGAUGAAAUCCCAAGACAUAGCCAGUUGUUUUCGUGAGCAAAGACAAUAAAUAUCAGAGAAAAGUGAGGUCUCUCCUUAUCUUCUGCCUUGUUCGGUCAGUUUCGAAUUCAGAAGCUUGAUCAUUGGCAUCGGCCUUAAUCAUAGAGGGGGACCUCAUCAAUAAACCAAUUUUUGUUACGGCAGAAAACCGGCUGAAGUAUCGAGCGAUUUGCUGCUGUAUCAACCGGUCAGUCUUAGACAACAUUUCUGGCUGGUGUCGUCUCUUAAACUCGAUAUUUGGGAAAUCACAUUAGCGGCGGUUGCCUCACUAGUUUCCUCCCUUGUCCAGCACACGUCUAGGAGAUAAUUGUCUGCUUUCUGAGAAAAGGUAGCUGUUUUUUGUGUUUUCCAAUGAGCCCAUCCAAAGUCCUCUUGGCUAGUUAGGGGUUGUUCGUCAGAAUUUUUACCUGAGGUCCGACCUGAAAUGUAGCCAUCCCCUAUAGAAUGGCAAGCCGGUCUUAGUCCAUUUCCUCUUGAUCUUAUCCUAGGCGGAAUUUUUUUCUCGGCUUCUCUGUGUUUGUCUUUGUCAGGAUACAUCCUUCUUUUAGCAAGAAUAUCUGGCUUUCUUGUUCCGUCUAUGACGGAUUGGGUAUAGUUCUCGCGAUGACCCGCGUUCAGAAAUCUGUGCACGUUGCUGAUAAGCACCCGCUUCUACGACUAGUUUGCUGAAAGUUUCUAAUGUGAUGAGCCUAGUGAGAUCCUGAGGUGCUUCAAACUGUGCCAGUUGGUCUGCGCUAUAAACUUGUCGCAGUUCUUAAGUCAGAGGGAGGAUCGCCCACCUCUAUCUAUGUGAGCGCUUCUACAAUACCUGCGUAUCCCUAGCAAUCAUAUGAUAUAAAGUUCAUCUCAGUCACAAAUCACCAGUUAGGAAAACUGAUAUUCAGAUAAGCGCUCUUCUUGCCCUUCUCCUUAUUCAUUGUCGACUCUAAGAUAGCAGCUACAGUACGCGUUCUAUUUAGGUUUACAGUCACCUUGCCGCCACCAGCUUUGAUUUCUUCUGCCAUCUGCAGAUUCAUCUCUCUCUCUCUUUUUAUGUCUCCGAUUUUUAUGAGGAGGAUACUGGCAUUUACGAACCCGAAGGUCUGAAUCUCACACCAAGUUGUGCACGAUAUUUGAGGUACAUCGUGAAAUGGCGGCCUUCGUAAUCUCCAAAUAAGCCACUACGCGCUAGAAUAAGCUUCAUCUCGGACGAAACGCAUGUUUGGGAUACAUCGACGUCUCUCAAAUGUUUUUUUUAAAGCUGUAUACCCACAAAUUUAGAGGUGUGAGCUGUUGCCGUCCCUGGCCAGCGCGAGAAAAGUAACAUUUGGUUGUACAGUUAGUUGCAAAUGAACAAGACAACUGCACCAUCUUGACUUACCAAUUCGAGUGUUAGAUUGAAUUGAGGGCUUUUUAGACACUCGAUUUCUUAUAUGGCAUCACUAUGAAGACGUAAUACAACUGAUACACCUACACUGCAUAGGAUUAACAAUGUCUGUUGUGCUAUUGUGAGAAGGAGGAAAAUAUUACCAGAAGUGUACGCUCUUUUUAAAAAGAGUUUCAGAGACGUUUCAGAGAUGUCUAUCUUUGAUCGGCUGUCACAAAAAAAUGAUCCCCACUUAAAUUUACUAGGAAAAAUGAACUUACCAACUGCUUGUUGAAAAAAUUGGAAUUCAUUUGACCGAUACGCCGGUUGUUUCAAUUUUUCUUUUUCCUCGGGCUGCUAUGAAACAGUUCAUAAAUUGACUAAUGAAUAAAGUGUUUUGAAAUACCGUUCGGGAUUUGCCUUUUUUUUCUGCGUGCAAAUCAAGGGUAGACAAAGUUUUUAAAACAUUUGACUAGAAUUUCAUGGAGUUCACCUCGAUAAUUCUCGUCGGCCAGAGUCAAGACGCGCCAAGCUGAGCGACAUCGCCCUCCAGUAAAAAAAUUUUCAAAAGAAUAAACGUGGCGAGCGCGAGGAAACGCACAUUUUUUUCAUCAUUGUGAUCAAAGCCCAAUGAUGUACCUAAAUUGGUACUUACAGUAUCAAACCAUUGAUUAUGAUAGGGUGAGCUCAGUUUUUCUGUCGAGAUCGAUGUGACUUCACAUUAAAAGCAUUUUUGACGGAACAAACUACACUGCACGAACUGAGAAAGUAAAAACUUGUAUUUAUCUCCCACGCGUUUCGUUUGACAAUAGUAGAGUUCAUCAAGGAUUUUUUCAAGUAGGGUAAAUAAGCUUGCUCAUAUACAAAUAGUAAAUAAGUUGUCUCUUUACUAUUGAAGUCAGUGGAUAGAAUACGCCAGGUGCGCCUACGGUGUUAUACAUGCGUGACAUUUUCCGGACGUUACACGUACGAGUACGUGAUCCGUCUAAGGGUCAGCCGAAGUUGUUACACUCGGGAACUUGUACGUCAACAAGCAGGCGACAUGUGACUUUAAAUCUCCUCUCCUGUUACAGUUUCCUUAUUGUAAACUGUGCGAUAAUGAUAAUAGACGAUCAAAGUAUAGGCUAAUGAAUGUUUUGUUCUGUACAAGAGCCCUAUGUCCUGAUUUUAGCAAAUCUUCAAAGUAAUAAACGACUGAAGAAAGAAACGCUACGAUUUUCCCAUUGAUCUUCCGUCAACAUGCAUCUCUCUAAACGUGAAAUUUUCCAUUCCUACAAAAAAUCUCGAAAGUUUUUCACAUUUUUCACCUUUCUUGACCAAUCAACUUGUAUAAAGAGCUAAAAAAUGUAGGUUUAUUUUGUCAAGUGACCGCCUAGAGCAGGAAUUGCGUGACAGGUGUAGUUGAGAGAAACUUGUCACAGUCGCAGAUUUUAAAAGGCAUCCAAGACAAAAAUACGGUAGUGCCCAAAGAUUUUUUUGAUGAUUUUCAGAGAUGAAAUGAUAGGUUAUAAAGGGUAAUUAAGAUUAGUGUUGUAGCUUUCUGGCAACGGGAGAUAUUUGACCUCAAAGUUGUAAAAUAUUUACAUGAAUCGAAAAGUCUAAAACCAAAGUCGUAUGUUUGCCUCUGUUGAUUGAGAAGCCGUCAAUCAAACUGACUGAUACUCGCGGCGGCCAUUAACUAAGGAUGUAAAAAUAUGUGUGCAAAUCCUCAAAGUAAUCGGUUAAAUACCAUCGCAGUGAAAGCUUCAUACAUUUUACCUAUUUGAAGCGAUUUCCUUGGUGAAAACCGGAAAAAACCAAAACAGAAACCAGUCUGUUUUUUUUAGUUUUGGGGUAGACCCUUUAAACUGACAAACUUUCAUUGAAAUCGGUGAGAUGGCAUGUAGCACGACUACCUGGUGCUCUCGUGGACACGCUCUUAAGUCACUAUCUAGCUGUUUUAAAAAGAAGGAUCAGGACUUACCUAACUCUUAGUGUUUUUGUGGGAGUUGUUGAUCCCAAUUUAAGUGUUCUUAGAAGUUUCAGUUGUCUGUAAAGCUAAAUAAAUUUAACUGAAACCUAAUAGGGCCUGUUUAUUCUUUUCCGUUGAGUUUUUUUGUAUUGUUUUGUUGUCUCUUUUUUUUUUCUUCCCGGUCUGUAAUGAUUUCAAUGGUUUCAGGUUCUUUUCUCAGAAUUGAGCUACAGUAAUAGUAUGCUUCUUUGUGUUGUUGCCUACAGGAGCCACUGCUUGUGUUGAAUUGAAGAGAUUUGAAGAAGCAAUCACUUGGUGUGAUAAGGGACUAGCUGUAUCCUUUGAAGGAAUCUUUCAUUUUUAACCGUGGGUAUAAUGGAAAAAAGUUUCCAUAAUUUGAUGUUUCAAGGGAGAAAAUACAAAGAAGGGUAUUAAUUAUGAUGGGAACUUGUCAGCUCUUAUACUUUAAGUGUGUGUGAUUAAAAACAUAGGAGAAGUUAUUACCUCAUGACUUAUUAAUGAAAUUACUCCUUUUAGCCAAUUUGACUUAGUUCUACUAUCCAUGCCAAUAACUGGUACAUUAGUUUAAAUAACCCUUAAAUUCCCAGACCAAAUUUGUAAUUAUCCUUACUGUCAACCAUACAAUUCUUGUAAUGUUAGUACAGAGAAUUCAGUAUUGCAUCAACUAAUUAUUUUGAAAUUGAUAUAUUUUUUUUUACUCUCAACACUUAUCUGAUUGAUAUUGUAUUGCUAUUGUAAGGAGAAAUUCUCUUUUGGUCACUCACGGGAGUCAAAGGGUUGGAAGACUAAUAUUCAUCCAGUUUAUACAUAGUACUUGGGUAGAUGAUCUCUCUAAGACAAGCCAGAACAAAAAGCUCUGUAAUGUUUCUAUAUCUUAUGCAGAUUUUCUUGCCUUCGACCUUUUGCCUCUACUUAGAGACUCAGAAACUUUCGUUGUGCUUUCCUAUGGACAAAUAGAAAUUUUAAAGACAUGUAUUUGUGUUGUAGACUCAUUUUUUCCACUGCUGUGAAACAUUUGUCUGAUGUUAAAGCUAUAUUAAUUUAAAAAUUGAGCAAGUGCUGCUCAGUUUUUGAAAACUAGGGAUUAAAUCUAGACAUUUCGCGUUAAAUUUUGAGGCUGCACACAGAAAAAACAUUUUUUGAAGUGUAGAUUUACUUCAUAACUGACUUUAAGACUGAAUGUUGAUAAAUCAUCUACCUUUAAUGCAAAGCCCUCCUAAUGGGCCAUUUUAUAGUUGUGUACUUAGUUGCCAAGCCUUUGAUUUGGAGUGAGGCUGAAGGUGACCUUGUUGUGAUAGAGACCAGUAUCUAGAAACGAUAAUAACAAUGUAGUUUGCAUUUAAAAAGCAGCAAUGUUUUUAUCGUAACAAGGUCACCCUUAAUCAUGGCUCUUGUUCAGAGGUUUGGGAACCAAGCACGCAAAUGUUAAAAUGGACUAUUACAUAUCAAUAUGAUCAGAAACAUAAUCUUUUUUGUUUUUUCCACAUUUUUAACCCUUAACAUAAAAAAGAUUGACAAAAACAAUAGGAUCUUGUCGUCAUUAAGACUUCAGUCUGUCAGUGAAGUGGGAGAUAAGUCCAUGGAGGAAAAAGAUCCUAUUAGUCAUGACCACGGUAGUGCAAGUUCAGGUGAUGUCAAGAAAGUCAUAGAUCACCAUAAUCAGGGAAAAGAAGCCAUAGAGUACCUCAACCUACUUCUUAAAAUAGCUAAAGAAGAAGGAGACAAGCAUGGGGAGGGUACCGUUUAUAACAAUCUUGGCAAUGCUUAUUUUAGUCUGGGUGAUUUCAAAAAAGUCAUAGAGUACCACAACCUACAUCUUAAAAUAGCUAAAGAAGUAGGAGACAAGCAUGGGGAGGGUGCUGCUUAUGGCAAUCUUGGCAAUGCUUAUGACCGUCUGUGUGAUUUCAAAAAGGCCUUAGAGUACCACCACCUAGAUCUUAAAAUCGCUAAAGAAGUAGGAGACAAGCAUCGGGAGGGUGGUGCUUAUGGCAAUCUUGGCAAUGCUUAUUACCGUCUGUGUGAUUUCGAAAAAGCCAUAGAGUACCACAACCUAAAUCUUAAAAAAGCUAAAGAAGUAGGAGACAAGCCUGGGGAGGGUGUUGCUUAUGGCAAUCUUGGCAAUGCUUAUUUUUAUCUAGGUGAUUUCAAAAAAGCCAUAGAGGACCACAACCUAGAUCUUAAAAUAGCUAAAGAAGUAGGAGACAAGCGUGGGGAGGGUAACGCUUAUGGCAAUCUUGGCAAAGCUUAUGGCCGUCUGGGUGAUUUCAAAAAAGCCAUAGAGUACCAAAACCUAAAUCUUGAAAUAGCUAAAGAAGUAGGAGACAAGCAUGGGGAGGGUGAUGCUUAUGGCAAUCUUGGCAAUGCUUAUUUCAUUCUGGGUGAUUUCAAAAAAGCCAUAGAGUACCACAACCUACUUCUUAAAAUAGGUAAAGAAGUAGGAGACAAGCAUGGGGAGGGUGUUGCUUAUGGCAAUCUUGGCAAUGUUUAUAUCAGUCUGGGUGAUUUAAAAAAAGCCAUAGAGUACCAAAACCUAAAUCUUGAAAUAGCUAAAGAAGUAGGAGACAAGCAUGGGGAGGGUGUUGUUUAUGGCAAUCUUGGCAAUGCUUAUGCCUGUCUGGAUGAUUUCAAAAAAGCCAUAGAGUACCAAAACCUACAUCUUAAAAUAGCUAAAGAAGUAGGAGACAAGCAUGGGGAGGGUAAGGCUUAUGGCAAUCUUGGCAAUUUUUAUGGCAGUCUGGGUAAUUUCAAAAAAGCCAUAGAGUACCACAACCUACAUCUUAUAAUAGCUGAAGAAGUAGGAGACAAAUCCUCUGAGGCAAUGGCCUACUGUUCAUUAGGAUUGGUUUUUGAGUUUCAAGGUGGACUGCCAAAAGCCGUUGAACAUUACCAAGCUAGCAUAAACUUAUUCAAUUCCUUGAGAGCACUUCUAAUAUCUAAAGAUGAGUGGAAAGUUAAUUUUCGAAAUCAGUAUCAAAUGGCGUAUACGGGUUUGUGGAGAGUUCUCGUAGAACAAGGUAAUGUAGAUGAAGCCUUAUUUGUUGCUGAGAAAGGACGAGCUCAAGCUCUGACCGACCUCUUGGAAUCCAGUUUUUGUGGUGGAACAAGUCACCACAAGGGAGAAGAUGAAGAUUGCGCAGUUUUAAAAAACGUGCCAUCAAACACUGUCUUUCAGGCAGUGGACAAAGCUAACGUCAAUCUUUGGGUUGUGUCCGAGGGAAAACAAGUUCAGUUAAGACAAAGUAAACUCAAAGGUUUUGUUUCAGAGAAUAGUGGAUCUAGCCUGUCCUUUGAGUCGUUCAUGCUCGGUGUCUAUACACAACUUGGUGUUUGUUCUAAUGUGAGAUGCGAGAAUCGAUCUCUAGAUGCUUUGAGGGAGGGCCGUUCGAAAGUGGAUGAGAAAACCAAAGAAGCCAAGCCUCAACCUCACAUCCAACAAGACGGAUGCUUGAGCACUUUGUAUGAUAUCGUUAUGAAGCCGGUGGCUGACUUGAUUGAAGGGGAUGAGCUACUCAUUAUUCCUGAUGGACCCCUGUGGAUCGCUCCUUACGCUGCAUUGAAGGAUGGUAAUUCUAAAUACCUGUGUGAAUCGUUCACAAUCCGAGUCGCUCCAUCGUUAGCAAGUCUUAGACUCAUUGCCGAUUGCCCAGAUGAUUAUCACAAAAGCAGUGGUGCGUUACUUGUAGGAGAUCCGUGGGUAUCCGAGGUUACUAACAGCAAGGGAAAGAAAGUCUUCGAGCAGCUUCAGUAUGCUAAAAAAGAAGUAGAAAUGAUUGGAAAAAUUCUGAAUAUCACGCCAAUCACUGGCAGUCAGGCCACGAAACGUGAGGUGUUGAAAAGAAUCAGUUCCGUUUCCCUAGUUCACUUUGCGGCACACGGAUGUAUGGAAACUGGCGAAAUUGCUCUUACACCUGACCCAGACCGAAUAUCUACUGUGCCAACGGAGGAGGAUUACAUUUUAACAAUUGGAGAUGUGUUGAAUGCUCAACUUCGGGCCAAACUUGUUGUGCUUAGUUGCUGCCACAGCGGCCGGGGCGAGAUCAAGGCUGAAGGUGUGGUUGGCAUUGCACGCGCUUUUAUGGGGGCUGGUGCUCGGUCUAUUGUGAUGUCCCUGUGGGCGAUUGAUGACGAGGCUACUCUUGAGUUCAUGAAAUACUUUUAUCAACAACUUGCAGGAGGUAAACCAGCUAGCGAGUCACUGAACCUGGCCAUGAAAAGCCUCAGAGAAUCAGACAAGUUCUGCGACAUCAAACACUGGGCGCCCUUUUUGCUGAUUGGAGAUGAUGUCACUCUUGACUUCAUGGCAAAGGAAAGAGAAAAUUUGAAUAUGAAAUCUCAUAAAUGA